CGAGCAGUGGGAGAGGGAGGGGAGACAGCAGCGCAGCAGCGGGCAAACCACCAGGCUCACAAACCCAGGAAAAUAGGCGAACUUAGCUGGUAUACGCAAGAUUUUUUUUAAACUUAGCUUUAAGACAUGUUUUUUCAUAGAAGAAUAUAACGCUGCGAGGGUCCGGGCUACAAAGCUGGGUUGCUUUUGGAGCCCACGCGAGACGACUGGAAACUCAGGAGGAAAGAAAACAACAACACUGGAAAAAGGACGGGGAUUACACACAACAGUGACAAUAAAACAACACUCCCCGACAAGUGGUCUCUGUGGUGCGGAGGGUGAAAUCCGGACACAAGGAAAACUAUUUGUAUAAUUGUUGAUUCACAUUUUGUUCGGGGCGUUUCAAUUGUUCGUUUCCAGAGUGCGUUUCUGCGUGAACUUUAAACUCAGGAAACAAUGAAGACAUAGCAAGUAAGAACUCAUCAAGUGUUUCGACGCGGCUAGCCAUCCCGCUAGCAUUAGCGUGGCUAUCUCGCAGCGAGCGAAUGCGAGGCAAAGCUAACGCCCGCUAGUGCAGCUAAGUAAGCUAAGUUAGCUUAUCGGCUAACGUUAGCUGGCUAGCUAAACGCGUUUUUCUUUCGGGGAAAAAACUUUUAGUGUUGUUUUCCUGGAGCCCAAACACUGAAGGAGUGUUGUAAGAACAGAGGGGAAGGGCAGGUUCCCUUCUGGACUUUUUCCCCUCUACGUAUUUCCCCAAUAUGAUGGCAGCGGAGGUCAGUAGUGAGGAUACGGGCUCGGUCACGAUAGGGACAGGGGUGGAAGGCGGAGGAGGCCCGGAGACGGCCCCUUUCCCCUACUAUCCCAAGCCGAGCGGAGUGCGAGUGGCUGAUUUGGGGCAAGGACCUGCACCGAACCUCCGCCAACCUCAGAACACAUCACCGGACUCACUGCCGGACAUGAGUAUGAUCUAUCCCGUGUCUAGUGGGGAUGUGGCCGGGCCAGUGUUGACCACACAAGGGAGUGGCGGACUAGGAGGUGGACAUUCGGGCUUCCAAGGAACAAGCUCAGGGACCGUGGGCGACAUGUGCUGCUCUCCCAUUUCGGAGAGUCCAGCUAGCCGGAUUUCACCCACAUCGGCCGGCCAGGAUGGGGCCACUGUCUUUCCACCUCUGCCACCACCUCCUCCCCCUCCUCCAGGCGGCGGCGGCGGCGGCGGCGCUAUGGAUGAAAGCGACAUGCAGGAUGGACCGGAAUACGAGGAAGAAGAGGUGGUGUUUCCCCUCUCUGCACCUCCCACCAACCAGUGGUACCAUGGCAAGCUAGACCGAACCAUUGCUGAGGAGCGGCUGCGCCAGGCCCGGACCCCUGGCAGCUACCUCAUCAGGGAGAGUGACCGCCGGCCCGGUUCCUUCGUCCUGUCUUUCCUCAGCAUGACCAACGUGGUCAACCACUUCAGGAUCAUCGCCAUGUGUGGGGACUAUUACAUUGGUGGCCGGCGGUUCUCUUCUCUAUCAGACCUAAUUGGUUACUACAGUUACGUGUCUUGCCUGCUAAAAGGAGAGAAAUUACUAUCCCCUGUGGCGCCCCCGGAGCCCGUUGAAGACAGGAGGAGAGUCAGGGCCAUACUUCCAUACACCAAAGUGCCAGAUACUGAUGAGAUCAGCUUCCUAAAAGGGGACAUGUUUAUUGUUCACAAUGAACUGGACGACGGCUGGAUGUGGGUGACCAACGUUCGCACUGAGGAGCAGGGUCUCAUUGUGGAGGAUCUGGUGGAGGAGGUGGGGCGAGAGGAGGAUCCACAUGAGGGAAAAAUCUGGUAUCAUGGAAAGAUCACCAAGCAAGAAGCCUACAACCUGCUGAUGACAGUUGGGCAGGUGGGCAGUUUUCUCGUCCGGCCGUCGGACAACACGCCCGGGGACUACUCGCUCUUUUUUCGCACCAAUGAAAACAUCCAAAGGUUCAAGAUCUCCCCCACCCCCAACAACCAGUACAUGAUGGGAGGGAGGUACUACAACAGUGUUGAUGACAUCAUCGACCAUUACAAGAAAGAACAAAUUGUCGAGGGCUACACCUUGAAAGAACCAGUUUCAGUGCAGCACCAGGAACAAGUAUUGCCUGAUACAGUGGACGGGAGAGAGAUUUAUAACACUAUAAGACGGAAAACAAAAGACGCGUUCUACAAAAACAUUGUAAAGAAAGGCUACCUCCUGUUCAAUAAAGGUAAAGGCAAACGGUGGAAAAACCUUUACUUUAUCCUGGAGGGCAAUGACGCCCAGCUCAUCUAUUUCGAGAGCGAGAAGAGAGCCACCAAACCAAAGGGGCUGAUCGACCUAAGUGUGUGCUCCGUGUAUGGCGUGCACGACAGUCUUUUUGGCAGGCCAAACUGUUUCCAGAUUGUUGUCCAGCACUUUAGCGAGGAGCAGUACAUAUUCUACUUUGCAGGAGAGGUUCCAGAGCAGGCACAGGAUUGGAUGAAAUGCCUUCAAAAUUUCUGCAGUAACCUAAGGAAAACCACUCAGCCCACAACCAACAAGAGGCUCAGACAGGUGAGCAGCCUGGUUUUGUACGUGGAGGAGGCCCACAAGCUGCCGGUGAAGUAUUUCACCAACCCUUACUGUAACAUCUACCUGAACAGCGUCCAAGUGGCCAAGACGCAUCCCAGAGAGGGCCAGAAACCCGUCUUCACAGAGGAGUUCAUCUUUGACGACCUGUCGAGUGAAAUCAACCGAUUUGAAAUCAGCCUGAGCAACAAAACAAAAAAGAGCAAAGAAAGUGACAUCUUGUUUAUGCGCUGCCAGCUGAGCCGUUUGCAAAAGGGCCAGAUGAUUGAUGAGUGGUUCCCUCUCAGCUCCCACGUUCCCCUGAAGGGCAUCGAGCCGGGCUCCUUACGCGUGCGCGCCCGCUACUCCAUGGAGAAGAUCAUGCCUGAAGAGGAGUACAGCGAAUUCAAAGAGAUGAUUGUGCAGAAGGAGUUCUAUGUCAUUUACGCACUGGCCCACGUGUGCGGUCAGGACCGCACCUUACUGGCAAGUCUCCUCCUGCGGAUCUUCAGACACGAGAAGACGGAAGCUCCUUUACUCAGGACACUCAACGACCGGGAGAUCAACGUGGAAGAUGAGGCCACGACUUUGUUCAGAGCCACCACGCUGGCCAGCACCCUGAUGGAGCAGUACAUGAAGGCCACGGCCACACCGUUCGUCCACCACGCUCUCAAAGACACCAUCCUCAAGAUCAUGGAGAGCAAACAGUCCUGUGAGCUGAACCCUUCCAAACUGGAAAAGAACGAGGACGUGAACUUGAACCUGGCACAUCUCCUCAACAUCCUGUCCGAGCUGGUGGAGAAGAUUUUCAUGGCCGCUGAGAUUUUACCGCCGACACUGAGGUUCAUCUACGGCUGUCUGCAGAAGUCCGUGCAGCAGAAAUGGCCCACAAACACCACGAUGCGGACGAGAGUUGUGAGUGGCUUUGUCUUUCUGAGACUGAUCUGUCCUGCCAUCCUCAACCCCAGAAUGUUCAACAUCAUCGCCGACCCUCCGUCUACAACAGCGGGCAGGACCCUCACACUGGUGGCCAAGUCUGUCCAGAACCUCGCCAACUUGGUCGAAUUUGGUGCUAAGGAACCCUACAUGGAGGGCGUGAACCCUUUCAUCAAAAACAACAAACACAGGAUGAUAAUGUUUCUGGAUGAGUUAGGGAAUGUUCCCGACCUCCCCGAAGCCACAGAGCACUUUAGGACAGAUUUGUCCAGGGACCUGGCUGCGCUGCAUGAGAUCUGUGCCACACACUCGGAUGAGCUCCGGACGCUGAGCAACGACAGAGGAGUGCAGCAGCAUGUGUUGAAAAAGCUGCUGGCCAUCACAGAGCUCCUCCAGCAGAAGCAGGCUCAGUACGCCAUGUCCAACAGCAACAGGUAGUACUGCACUCCUCCUCCCCUCCCACUACUCUCAUCCUCCCAUCCCUCCGUCAAGUCUCCUCCGCCGGAGUGCAGCACAGAGGAGGCCGAGCAUGUUCUACCCCCCUCAUCACCAUGGCACCACCAUCCCAUCAUGUCCUCCUCCGGUCGUCCUGCUCCAUCCCCACACCCACCCGCCAUCUUGUCCCGUUCACCACAAGAGAGCUAUGCAACAACAGCGGCUGAGUACAACUGAUGCAGUAUUUAAAACAUAAAAGAAAAAAAACUUGCGCCAGUGACUGAGAGCUGUAUGCACAAGAAAAUGCAUUCUUUUCUUUUUAUUUCCUUCAUAAACUGUGUUCAUGAAACGGACUUGGGUACAUUUCAUUCCCUUCAUCACGAGGGCCAAAUAUAACGAUUUCAGAAGAGCUUUCUUUGUACCCACUUUGUGUUUGGAUAGCACAGGUUGCCAAAGUGCCCCCGAUCCCCCCCCCCGUUCUGGCUUAGUAUGAGGAAACUGACAUGAAGAAGUUUGUUCUUUUUGGUCCCCCCCCCCCCCUUUUUUUCUGGUAACUGGAUUGUGAGCAAUGAUGCUUUUUAUACUGUAAUUAGUGACUGAUUUAUUUUAAAGUUGUGACAAUUAUGCUCGCAAAAGUGCUGAAACUAGCAUUUCUGUCUUUAUUUGUUUGUGUUUUUUUCCUCCCCCUCUUUGUCUUUCUUUGGUUUCUAGAUCGGAACAAAGUCUUUCAGAAAAAGUAUGGUUAUUUUAUAUUAAGAAUAAAUUCUCUUGCUGGAAUCAUGAGUAUAUAAGAGAGAGAUGAGCUGAAUCUUUUCUUUUUGUUUGUUUUUGUUUCUCCCUGCGUUUGUGUCAGCUAUUUUGUGAUUAUUUUGUUGUCCUUUUUGGAAAACUUCUGAAUGCCAGACGACAUGCAUAAUCAGAGAAACCAAGUAAAAUGAAAGUGUUUACAAAAGUAAUUUUUUUUUUUUUUUUUGGAAUAGUACAGACUGUAUGAGACAUGCAUGCACUUAUUAAACAGUUUUUGUAAAGUA